CAAACACGGCGCCUCCGGCGGCCGCGCAUGCGCACGAUCCAUCGCUGGCUGGCCCUGUCCGGGUCUGCGCAGGCGCGCCGCACGGACCCCGGAGCAGCAGCUGUCAGUUAGUUAACGGUCGGUGCUGUUUGCUGUCCUGCUCUUCGUUCACAUGGCCAACUCUGAAUGUCCUCCGGUCCGGCGGCCGGCCGUAGGAGUAGGUGUUGUGGUGACCUGCCGGGAGCAGCCGGGCUGUGUUCUUCUUGGGAAAAGGAAAGGCUCAAUCGGAGCAGGUACUUUCCAGCUGCCCGGGGGCCACCUGGAGUUCGGAGAAAGCUGGGAAGACUGUGCUAAGCGGGAAGUUCUGGAAGAGACAGGGCUUCACAUGAAGAAUGUGGGCUUUGCUGCAGUUGUAAAUAGUAUCAAGUUAGAAGAAAAUUAUCACUACGUCACAAUUUUCAUGCAAGGAGAAGUCAAUAUGGAUUAUGAUUCAGAGCCAAAGAACCUAGAACCUCAGAAGAAUGAAGGUUGGGAGUGGAUCAAGUGGGAAGACUUACCACCAGCAGACCAACUAUUUUGUCCUUUAGCACGUGUAAGACAAAUUUAUCAUCCUUUUGAAGAAAAACUUAAAAAUGCUGCUGGAAAUCCAUCAGUAAAUGGUAAUCAUCCUCAUCAUCGUCUAUGAGUCGAAUACAUCGGUUACAUGAUAUGUAGAAUACAAAUUAUGGUUUUGAAUUGGAAGAUCAGUAAAACUAAUUGAUUUUAAUUAUGAAGACCUGUUAACAAAUAUACUAAAGUCAGUAAUCUGAACUGGGCCUUAUGUGCAUCUCCCACAUUUAAAUGCUAUACAUUAAAAUGAAAUUAAGUAAAUGCCAAACUAUUGAGAUGUAUUUCUAUUUUAGAUACAUAUAUACCAAAAAAAUUGCUUGGGGAAAUACAUUAUAUUUGAAAUUCCUCACCUGUGAUGUUCAGUUAUGUAACAUUUGAUGUCAUGUUUGUGGUUUAUGUUCUAUAAACUCCCAAUGCAUCCUUUGUA